GCUUUCCAAUCCAACAGGUGCUGCCUCCUCCAGUCAAUUCCACCUCCUCCUCCACCCCCGCCUCCGGUCGAGCUCCCCUCCCCUCCCCUCCUCCGCCCCAAUCCUCGCCCGAACCCUAGCCCCGGGCCUCCCGCCAGCCGCGGGAUGCGCCGCCCGCCAUCCCCAGCUGCCCGCUGAUCCUCCGGUCGCCGCAGCAAGCUCCUCGCCCACCGGCAUGAGCCGCUACUACGCGCCCUUUCGCGGCGCUGCCAGCGGGGACGGCGGAGGCUGCCUGCCGCUUCCUAUCAUCGCCGCUGAGGCCGCGCUAGCUGUUGUCGACGCCGCCAUUGCUGCCACCGCCUUCGUGCAGUUAGCGAGAAUUCACAGGCACAAUCAGCAACAUGGAUGGACUCGGCAAAAGUGUGCAGGUCUCCGUAUAGUUGCUUUAGACUGCCAGAAUGACGGUAUAUUUUGGAGCCCCUAUUUAUUUUGGAAGCAACAAAGACGAAGGCUCCUUGCAUGUGACAACUGACAAGUCCAAUUGCAAAUCAAUAGUUAGGCUAUUGGGGUUUCAUGCCAGAUCUUAGAAUGGCGAUUUAAGUAGAUAAUCUAGUGUUUUGACUUUUGUCUCCCUUCGAGCUAUGAGCUCAACUGCCAGAUUUAAUGGUAUAUUAUAUCUCUUGCAGAUAUUCCAUUUUAUGAUUGGCCUAUGCAACAUAGUAUUCCUUGCGUAUUUCGUAUCUACCGUCAUCGCUACUUGUGAGAAAUGGGUUUGUUGGGUACAUGGAUGCGGAUUUGUUUUGAUGGCUAGUCCGCAGAUAUUGCUUCUUGCCUCGUUUCUACUACUGUUGUCAUUCUGGGUUGACCUGUGUCAUCAGACAAAUGAUGAAGAUGAAGAUGAUGUAAGGAGUCACCAAGAAGCUUUACUAGACAGAACAAAAACCAAACCUGGCACCCGCCCUACUGAUGCCCGUCGGAAGUGUUUCCCAGGAAUACAGCUUGGAAGCCGGCAAAAAUUCGUGAUUUUGGUUCUUGUACUGUCAUUUAUUGUUAUGCUCGCCUUUGCCAUCCUCAUCUGGGUUGGUAGGGGAGAAAAUCCUAUUGAUUCAUCACUCCUGAAAAAGGUUUAUUUGGAUGUGUUUUCAGUAGUUGUUCUAGUACUUGGCGCUGCUUUGGCAUGUUAUGGUGCAUUAUUGUUCUCGAAGAUGAGCAAAGUUCGUUCUGAAACCGUGUCAACUGAGAAGUGGAAGGUUGCCAGUUUAGCUGCUGUCUCACUUAUCUGUUUCUCGUCUUCUGCUAUACUAGCACUUGUUACUAAUAUUCCAGUGCUUUUGUAUUGGUACUCGACUGAGGCGGAGAUCAUAAAAAAUGCUGUUAUAUUAUUUUUAUAUUAUUUAAUAGGCUCAUCGGUGCCAUCAGGAUUUGUUUUAUGGGUCAUGAGAGAUAUGCCUCAACGACCAACAGUGGAAAGGCCCACCCAAUCGAGAGUGGUUACCUUGUUCAGGGACAGACCAUCCCCUACACAGGAUCCACAGUGGAGAGCUGCUGUUACAUCCUCUAACAAGGCCCUCAAGUCAAGCCCAAUUUAACCUGAAGAGGAAAACAAGUAAGGUAAUGCUGAGACUUUUCCUGCAUACUUGAUGCGCUGGGACUUUUACCAACACAUCAGUGACAUACUGGCAUCUACUACCAUUCUGACGACUGGCCGGUACAAGAUGGGGUCUGUAAUUCCUACUCCAAGGUAGCUUUAGUUUGGAAACAAUGGAAUUUUACCUGUGGAUGUAGCAAGGUUCCCGCCCAAGCAUUGCCAUUAGAGCUUUGGUCGGGCAAGGCCUGGAUCAGUAACAAAUGUAAAUAGGCAUAGAAAUGACCGCGCUCUUCAUGGUUUGGCGGUCAGGCUGUUAUGUCUUCCCAAAAUUUUCUGUUUAAUGAUGUGUUGUUGGUUCGGUUAGCUGGUGAGUUCUGUCCUGGAAACUGAAAUCGAGCAUCAAAAGGGAUUUUUUUUUCCUGCUA